ACAGUAACGGAGCGGUGAACAGUCUGCCCGGAUUGGAGUACACGUGGUGACGGGGGUGGGGGUGAGAACGGUUAGUCCUUCGUCUGAAAACGUGUGCAGAUCCAUUUUCAGACUGGAACCCUUGCAUUUAGACAAAUAAACGAGACAUAGAGGAAUGCAAUUCCGUUGUUUCAUCAGUCAAUUCCUAAACGUCAAAUGAAUGAAAAGAGAUGCCUUAAAAACGCUUGUGAUUGCGAUGUUUAACGACGCGAACCUCUUGGAAUAUAUUGUGGUUUCUUCCGUUUUGUAAACCCAAUGUGUACGGAUCACUCCAGAUCUCUUUAAUCCAUUUCGUUUUGCUUUGCAUUUUAGCAAAGUUGCUGCUUUGAUUCUUAUCCCAUUGCAAGGGAUUGCUUUAUUUUGCUGUAAUCCGUGUGAUGAAUUCGAAGCGCGAGGUUUUUUUAAUUAGAUCGUGUCUAGGGCAGAGAGGGGUAGUGGCGGGGUUGAAAGAAGACAGUAACAGUACGGUACCAGCGAGGGCGUUGUGUGUUCUGUUAGAGUGGAGUUGGUCACGGAAUGAUGUUCGGGCUGUGUAUCCAUCCCGUAUGGACUCGGACAUUGGUCAGGAGGUGGCUCCAUCAGGAGAUGCUGUUAUGGCUAUUCCUCAAGCUGCUGGCCCUGGGGACCGUAGUGGCGUUGUUCUGUGAGCUGGGCAUUUACUAUGCGGUGAUCCUCAGAUGUGACUGGCCUCCCCUUAAAGCACAAGCAGAACCGCAAGGAUCCUCCGAACCAGUGCUGAAGGCUUUGUUCCUGGCUGAUACACAUCUCCUGGGAGCUCUGAGAGGACACUGGCUCGACAAACUGAGAAGGGAAUGGCAAAUGGAGCGUGCUUUUCAGACUGCCUCGUGGCUUUUUGAACCAGAUGUUGUGUUCGUUCUUGGUGACCUGUUUGAUGAGGGGAAAUGGAGCUCACCAGAGGACUUCAAAGAUGAUGUGAAGCGUUUUCAGAUGAUGUUCAGGCACUCGUCCAGCACAGACUUGUUUGUGGUUGUAGGGAAUCAUGAUGUUGGCUUCCAUCAUGAAAUGGACUGGUAUAAACUGCAGAGGUUUGAGGGAGUGUUUAACUUCACUUCUGCAAAAGUGGUGACUAGGAAAGGAGUAAACUUUGUUCUGGUGAAUAGCAUUGCUUUGCAAGGAGAUGGGUGUUCCAUCUGCACAAAAGUAGAAAAUGAUCUUCAGCAACUGUCUUUGGCGUUAAACUGCUCCCAACAGCUGGAUCCAAGCCAUCCCAAUGAGAAAUGUAAAGAAAAGGAGAUAUUCCCACCAUCUGCUCCCAUCUUACUCCAGCAUUAUCCUCUCUAUCGUGUCAGCGAUGAGGAGUGCACAGGCGAAGACUCUGCGUCUCCUGAGGAGAAACGGUUGCUGUUCCAGGAAAAGUAUGACACCCUCUCUCUUGAAGCUACCAAAAAGCUGCUUUGGUGGUUCCGUCCUCGGCUGAUCCUUAGUGGCCACACUCACAGUGGCUGCAUGGUGCUACACGAUGGACAGCUGCCAGAGAUCAGUGUACCGUCCUUUAAUUGGAGGAACCGCAACAAUCCCAGCUUCCUUCUGGCCAGUAUAACUGCGACAGACUUCACACUCGCCAAGUGUUUUAUGCCACGUGAAAGUACGGUCAUUACUGUUUAUCUUGCUGCAGGUGUCAUGGCUAUCAAUCUUCUGUUGUUUCACUUCCAUUUCUGGCAGUGGCUGAUGCACUAUUUAAUCAACAAGCACAAAUCUACUUGAUAAAAGAGAACUGGCCUAAAUUGCAGCUAUUUUUAGAUUUGGAGGUCUGCAGAUCUCCGGAUUCUUGGAUAUUCUUAGCAUUUUGAGAAAAGCAACUAUUUUUGAACAUUUUUGGAUAUAAAUUGAAAUUCUUUUGAAGGUAACAGGUUAUACUAUACAUCUUAAUGAUGAGAAAUGAGUGACUAUUCCUGGUUAAAUAAAUUGCAUUAAAAGUGUCCAUAACAAGGUAAUGAGAACGCUGGUUCUACCUUGGCAGAUCUACCUUGAGUAGCUCGCUUUGCAAAGGAAAGGGCUUUCCCACUGAACUCAUUCCAUGAUCCAGUGUAGAGCAGGAACCUGGAUGUGAGUUUGCUCGCUGAGCUGGAAGGUUAGUUUUCAGAC